GGUUUCUUGAUUCUCUUGUAAAGAAACAUUACUUUUGCGUUUAAUAAACUGCGAGGUUUCUUUUGGUAUAAUAAAACAUGUGAUUCUUUUGCCUUUUGACUAAGCAGGUCGUAAUGGAACUAACUCGAGCUGAAUCUGGAAACGUUCCCAAACGUUUUGGCUUGGAUGUGUCUAAGGAUUUCAUCCCCAUGUCUGCUUUCCCUCAGUCUUCACAAGGUAGUAAGAUUAAAUUUCUCGGGUCCCUCUUUUUCAUUCUGUACCCAUGCAUGCUUGUGCUAUGUUGGUUCUUCUAUGGAAAGCAUCUUUUGUGGGGGCAACACUGAUUAGAGAUUUUUGGCUUUGUUUGGUAAUGGAAUUCUCAUAUCUUUGUUUCUUGUAUCACAUUUUUUUGUGAAGGUUUUACUAAUGGUAUGAUAACUAUGUUGAUUCUAUUCAACAAUGUUUCUUUGAAGUGUAGGGACAAUGUCAGUAGAAGGGAAGAUUAAAGACAAAUUUUACAUGAAUCCUCGUACCGAAAACAUGGAGAGCUAUGAAAAGCUUUGCCAUGAAAGAGCAAGCAAGUAUAUGUGCAAAAAUAACACAGAUCCAGGUCAUUGAUAAUGCCACAGGAAUGCAUAUGAGGCCAACACCGGGAACUAUAACCCCCACAGGCUUUCUUGUAUCUAUCUUUACCACUCUCAAACACACAUUACCUACUGACGAUAUUCUUAUAGAUGUGAAAAACAACUCAUUGCUUUUGUAUCAGGAAAAGAAGAAGGUGGCAAACAAGACAUCAGAAAUGAAGAGAACAAGAAGGGGACGGAGAGAGAUGGAGGAAGUCAUGCUUAAUCUAUUUGAAGGACACUCGAAUUGGACUCUCAGGCUACUCAUUCAGGAAACUGACCAACCAGAGCAAUUCUUGAAAGACUUGCUUAGAGAUCUUUGUAUUUACAACAACAAAGGAAGCAACCAAGGAACUUAUGAGCUGAAGCCUGAGUACAAGAAAGCCACACAUGAAUAGAAAUUAUCUCUCUCUUUCUUUGGCUUUUUCUCAGCUCACGUCCAACUCUAGUUGUACCGAUUAAUAUGAUAUAAUUCACUUUGGAUCCAACUGGUAAAACCCGUAUGUAUUUUUUCUGCGCUCCUUCCCUGAUUAUUUUAUACAAAUCAAAAUUGUACAUUUUUUUUAUAUAAUAGACAUUAUUAGUCUAGAUUUCCGAUGCAUGUCUUUUAGCCAAAAGGUUUUCUUUCAGGUUGUGGAUAAUUAACUGGAUAAGUUUGAUAUGUAGAAAAGAUGAACUAACUAUUUAUUACACUUGUAACUGCUGAUCAUAUGAUUACUAUAACAAGAAAGAUUCACUCACUAUGCCUUAAUUCUAUAUAAUAAAAAAAUAUGUUACUAGCUAGUGUUUUAGAAAGUCAUUUUAGUUUUUUAACUUCGAAUAUUCUCAACUUGGGAAAACCAGGUCCCAGCUCAUAAAAAUUAAAAAAAAAAAAAAAAUUGGUGGCUUUACUUGUCCUUUAAGAAACUUCUCAUCAACAAAGUAAAAAGGUUAUGUGAAGAAUUGGAUUCAAGUACACCAUCGAGUACCAAAACAUUUGUUAUAUAGCAAAAUGCUUGGAGUCAAUAGUGAGUUACUUGGAGAUCUUUAGUUGAUUUGGUCGGCUGUAUUAUAUUGGUAAACUCGUGUUCAAGACCUGUUUUAGUGGAAGGACUCCUGGCUUUUUAAUAAGAUAAAUGCAUGCCCUUGAGGCCUUGACUAUGUAAUGUGAUGACUCCGAGGUUUCAGGGAUCAUUGUGAGUUAGAGAGGUGGCGCAUGCCAUUUUUUUUUUGUAUUUUAACGCCGUCAUGUGACUCUUGCUAUUAUUUAUAAGCAAGUAUCAGCUAAUGCUUAAGAUGGAAGCAUGUUCAUCUUGUACGUUGACUAUAACCUCUCCUUAAGCUUUCUUGAAGCUGGGAGAAUUGCUGACCUUGAUUAUAAAGAAUAUAUUAACAAAGAGGGGGGUGGUCUGGUCGGCGCCGUCCCAACUCUACCAAGUUCAAGGUUCGAUGAUCAUUUCGGAGAUGAUAUUAAUUAGUCUGUAUAUAAAAUGGAGGGGAAGGAAUGAGGUAGAGA